AUGCUGAAUUCCACAGUGCUGUGCUCGAGGUGCCUCUGCGUGUUUCGAACCGGUCGGAUCGACCGAACUUUAACAUUUCCGUCGCCCAGAACCGUUGUGACCUCGGGGGCCUCGCAACCCGGGUCAACGGUCAUCUACGAAGGACCCUUGAACCGACAGAUACGAGCCAUAAAGCUGUUCAGCCUCUCGACCAGCGCCCUGGGACUCCUCUUCCAGCCCGUGUUGCUGGUGAAACUGGCCGGGACGUCGUUGUGGCUGCAGGCGGUCGCCGGAGGCAGCGUGCUCGCCCUGGCCCUCGUCACGCCAGUGUUGCUCCACUUCAUCACCGGGAAGUACGCCCUGAGGAUCGAGCAUCACUCGGACACCGACAGGUUCUCCGUCUACACGUACUCGCUGCUCGCGCGGCUCAAGCGGCUGGACUUCGACGCGGGGGAGGUCCACGUCCCCGAUCUCCCGGGGAUGUUCACCUCGUUCCACGUGAAAGGCGUGCCCGUCUUCGCCGAUCCCAGGUACUUCUCCGACAAGGCGGCCUACGUCCGCAUCAUGGGCCUGGACAAACCCGUCGAUUUCAAGCUCGGACGCCCCCCCGCGCAAAAGUCUCACGAAAAGACUUGA